CCACGUCUAUUAUAUACAUUUAAAAACAGGACUCUUAACGAGAAACAGCAAAGUCUUGAAUGCUGUAAAAGCUCAUGCUAUGGAUCCGUUCAAGGACUCGUCAAAGCAAAAUUUAUCAAUAGGGAAUCCCGGGGGAUCUUCCACUGCUCAUCCCAGUCCACAUGUCUCCAUAGGCAAACAGAUUGUACAAGGUUAUAGAGAACUGUUUACACACUUUAUAUCAUUUCCAUUAGCCAUAUACCCUGAUCUGCGAGAAAAGGUUGAGGCUUUUCGGAAUUCUAUAUUGGGUGACAAUAAGGAUAAGAAACCUUUGAAGUUUCAGAGCACUUUGGAUGAAAUGGGAAUCGAAAAGAGGAUGUUUAUUUCGCCAAAUAGUUUACACUUGACUGUGGUUAUGUUAAGGUUAGUAAACAAGGAAGCUGUGGAUGCAGCUCAGGAUAUCCUUAAGAGUAUCUCAGAGAGUGUGAUGCAUGCUUUGGAUAACCGUCCUGUCUUCAUACGACUUAAAGGAUUGAAUUGUAUGAGUGGAUCUUUAGACAACACCCGCGUCCUCUAUGCACCUGUUGAAGAAGUUGGGAAUGAAGGUCGACUUCUAAGGGUUUGUCAUAUUAUCAUCGAUGCAUUUGCGAAUGCUGGAUUUGCCGGGAGAGAUGCAAAGCUAUACUUGAAGCUACAUGUCACGCUGAUGAAUACAACCUACAGAUGGGAUGAAAGGAAAUCAAAUACAUUUGAUGCACGAGAGAUACACAAAGAGUGUGGAGAAAAAGAUUGGGGUGAAUAUCUAAUCAGAGAAGCUCAGAUCUCAAAACGGUUUUGGUAUGACGCGGGCGGCUACUUCCAUUGCUGUGGUUCACUACCAUUUCCACAUUAAGUGACACUGAAAAGGAUAAAUAUCCACUCCACAGAUUCCUUGUCAGGACUCAGGACUCUGACCAGUGAUUCAGUGGUAAUAUCGAAUAUGUAAUACAUGUGUGUGUGUAUGUAACCAACCAAUCAUAGCAAUUGGUAAAUGUGGCUUGUGACAUUAUGUUGUGAUUUACACAUCAUAUAUAAUAUGGUUUGCUAUACUUAAAUAUAAAUAACUUUU